AUGGCGGGGAGUAGGCGCUUUGCUCUUGGAGCUCAACCAGAUGUUAAGCAGAUACUGUUAGAAGCACAACAUCGGUGGCUUCAUCCACGUGAAAUUUGUGAACUGCUUCGAAACUAUCACCAAAUUCAUAUUUGUCCUCAGCCUCCUAACCUGCCGCCAAGUGGCUCGGUUAUUCUUUUUGAUAGGAAGGUGGUGAGAAACUUUAGAAAUGAUGGCCAUAAGUGGAGGAAGAAGAAAAAUGGGAAGGCACUGAAGGAAUGUCAUGAAAAACUAAAGGUUGGGAAUGUAAAUGAGUUGCAAUGCUACUACGCCCAUGGAGAAGAUAAUGAAAACUUUCAAAGACGAAGUUAUUGGAUCCUCCAAGAGGAGUUUUCAAACAUAGUUCUUGUCCACUAUCGAGAUGUAAAGCCCCAAAAAGUUCCUAACUUCCAGCCACAGGAAUAUAUCGUGGAAAAAUGUGAUCUCGAUGUUGGAUCCCUGCCUUCUCACCCAUCAUUUUCUUCAACUCAAACAGAAACCAUAGGAAACAUUCCUGAACAAGGACAUGGAAUUUCGGAACAGCUUGUUGCCAAAAGCUUUGGUGAAUCUGAAGAGUUUGGGAGUCACCUACAGUUUCUUGGGGAUUGGCAGACAUUUGAAAAUGAUUCUGCUAGCAAAUGUUUCACAUAUUCAGACUUGGAUCAAGGUCUUACUUCAAAGUUUUGUGAGCAAGACAGCGAUUGUGUUGAUUUACUUGAUUCCUUGGUCCCUUCCUGUGCACAUCUGCACAAUCAAAAUGAUGUUCAGAGACAGCUUCCAAAUGCAGAACAUGCACACAUUUUGCAAUCAGAUUCUGAAAGAAUUUCAACUGUAGAGGGAAAAUCCAUCUACUCCGAUGCUAUAAAACAAUAUUUGUUAGACUGUUCACUAACGGGGGAGGGUUUGAGGAAGAUUGAAGGUUCCUAUGGCUUGAUGAGUGAGGAACUUGCAGGUGCUGAUGUUCAGUUCAGUUCUGAGGCCUAUCAGGAGACAGUUGAUACCGAGAAUAGGACUGAUGGUUCUAGCAUUCCUACUCGACCGCGCUUGGAUACCUCUAUGCCAAAUUCUUCUCUCUCUGAAGACCAGCUAUGUGACAUUAUUGAUUUCACAACAAAUCGGGCAUGUGUGGGGUCAAAAACUGAGGGAAAUAGGACAAAUUAUAACCGCAUUAAAGCGACUGAAGAAACUACUCCUUAUUCCCAAGAAAUCAAAAAAACUAUACCCAGUUCUGAGAUAGAAGGUUCUAUGUCUUCCAGUUUCCAUCCCAACAAUUACCAUUUACCUUCACAAACUACAGAGACAACAAGCCUGACCAGUGCUCAGGCAUCAGAAUAUGGGAAUGCUGAAUCAGAUGAUUACCAAGGAAAGUUCUCAGAUGUUCCAGGGACAGAUUUUAGUUCACUUAGUCAAGCAGAUAAAAGUAAGGAUAGUAGUGAUGCUGGGUUAACAUGUGACCUCUGGAAAAACCUUGAACUCCAGUCAUGGGAGGAUGUCUUGGAAAAUUGUGCUUCUGAUGUUGGAUCACUGCCUUUUCACACAUCGUUUUCAUCAAUGCAACCUGACACCAUGGGAAACAUUCCUAAACAAGAGCAUGAAUUACUGGGACAGCUUUUUACCAAAAAUUGGAGCUUUGGUGAACGGCAUGAGUUUGGGAGUCACCUACCGGCCCGGGAUUGGCAGACAUCUCAGAACGGUUCUUCACUUUUAUCCGAGUGGCCCAUGGAUCAGAAGUUGGCUUCAGACUCAGCACAUAAUAUUACAUCAAGGUUUCAUAAGCAAGGUAAUGAGAAUGAUCGCCAAAUAGAGCUGUCAAACACGGAUCGUGGACAUCAUUUGCAGUUAGAUCAAGAGAGCAAUUUGGCCAUACAAGGGAAAUCCCUCUUUUCCUCUUCUUUAAAACAGCAUUUGUUUGAUGGUUCUCUAAAUGAUGAAGGUCUGAAGAAGACUGAUAGUUUCAAUCGCUGGAUGAGUAAAGAACUUGGAGAUGUAAAAGAGUUGCAUAUGCUGUCCAGUUCCGGGGCUUAUUGGGACACAAUAGCAAAUGAAAAUGGAAUUGAGGAUUCCAACAUUCCCCCUCAAGUACGCUUGGAUACCUAUAUUCUGGGUCCUUCCGUCUCCCAAGAUCAGCUGUACAGUAUUAUUGAUUUUUCACCCAACUGGGUAUAUGUGGGCUCAGAAAUCAAGGUCCUGAUCACGGGAAGAUUCUUGAUGAGUCAACAGGAGGCAGAAAAUAAUAAUUGGUCAUGUAUGUUUGGGGAAGUUGAAGUUCCAGCAGAAAUUUUAAUUGGUGGUGUAUUUCGUUGCCAUACUCCUGUACAGAAGGCCGGGAGGGUUCCAUUUUAUGUUACAUGUUCUAAUAGGUUAGCAUGUAGUGAACUGCGAGAAUUUGAAUAUCGAGAUAGAAAUGUCCAAGAUGUGGAUCUUGCUGAUAGUAGUGGUAACAUCACAAUUGAAAGUCUCCGUAUGCGAUUGGGAAAGUUAUUGUGUCUAAGUUCUAUCAGUACUCCAAAUUAUGAUCCUAGCAAACUAAAUGAAUUAUCUGAAUUGAGCAGUAAAAUUAGUUCAUUGCUGAAAGAGGACAAUGAUGAUUGGGACGAGAUGUUAAAACUUACUUCAGAGGAGAAAUUUUCAUUAGAAAAGGCUAAAGAGAAGCUUCUGCAGAGGUCUCUGAAGGAAAAGUUGCAUGUAUGGCUCUUGCAGAAGGUAGCUGAAGGUGGAAAAGGCCCUAGUGUUUUAACUCAGGAUGGCCAAGGUGUGCUACAUUUUGCAGCUGCUCUUGGCUAUGAUUGGGCCCUAGAACCCACAGUUUUUGCAGGUGUAAAUAUCAACUUCCGUGAUGUAAAUGGAUGGACAGCACUUCAUUGGGCGGCAUAUUGUGGCAGAGAGCGUACAGUUGCUUCUCUCAUCUCUCUUGGCGCGGCUGCUGGAGCACUGUCUGAUCCAAAUCCCAAGUAUCCUUCAGGCCAAACUCCUGCCGACUUGGCUUUUGCCGGUGGACACAAAGGAAUUGCCGGUUAUCUUGCAGAAUCUGAUUUAUCUGAUUUGAGUUCCCGCCUUUCAUCUAUUACGAUUGAACAAAAGGGUGGCAAAGCUUCAGAAUUUAGUGGAGCUAAUGCAGUUCCUACAGUUUCUCAUCGAAGUCCUGCUCCUAUGACUGAUGAGGACUUACGAUAUGGAUUGUCAAUGAAGGACUCAUUAGCUGCAGUCUGUAAAGCAACUCAAGCAGCUGCUCAUAUUCAUCAAGUGUUUCGAGUGCAGUCCUUUCAGAAAAAGCAGUUGAAGUAUGGGGAAGAUGCAUUUGGAAUUUCAGAUGAACGUGCUCUUUUACUUGUUGCAGUUAAGUCUCACAAGGCAGGACAUCAUGACGAACCAGUGCAUGCUGCUGCAGUAAGAAUACAAAAUAAGUUUCGUAGUUGGAAGGGUAGGAAAGAUUUCUUGACAAUUCGGCGGCAAAUUGUCAAAAUUCAGGCACAUAUUAGAGGUCACCAGGUAAGGAAAAAGAGUAUAAUUUGGUCAGUAGGAAUUCUGGAGAAGAGUAUCUUGCGUUGGAGACGAAAGGGAAGUGGUUUGCGUGGAUUUAAGUCGGAAGCACUUACAGAGAGUUCCAGCAUGAUAGAUACUUCCACAAAGGAGGAUGAUUAUGAUUUCCUGAAAGAAGGCAGAAAGCAGAAAGAAGAAAGGUUGCAGCAGGCACUUGCCAGAGUGAAGUCCAUGGUUCAGUAUCCUGAGGCAAGAGAUCAGUACAGUAGACUGCUGAAUGUUGUCAAUGAAAUCCAAGAAACAAAGGCCACGGCUCUCAACAAUUCAGAAGUUUCCGUAGAUUUUGACUCAUUGUUAGAUGUUGACACUUUCGUGUUCGGUGAUGGAAAUAAUGCAGGUUAUUGCUUUGAAAAUUCAGAAGUUUCCGCAGAUUUCUACAACAAUCUGAUGGAUAUUGAAGCAUUGUUAGAUGAUGACACUUUCAUGCCCACUGCUUGAGUGAGAUAAAAUGUGGGUUCACCCCAUAAUCUUGUAAAAAAACAGAUUUUAUUAACAUCCAUUGGUAAAAGUUGUAACUUCUCAAUUAAUCCGAUUAUUCCUUCACAGCUGAAGUGUGAGUUAGGAAUUGUAUCACAUUCAGCUGUCUGUCUUAGACAUGGUAUGACUUGUAUCAUUAAUAAAGAUAAUACUACAUUGAGGCUGUGUUUGGUUAGGGCUAUGGGCAGUUAACUCUUUUUAUCUAUCUUUGAUUCCAGACAUUCUUUUGUUUCUUU